AUGUUCAAAGUGAUGAUCGAGGGAAUAUUCUUCUAUCCAACCCUUGGCUACAAUUUGUUGAGGAACCUUGUGCAACAAGAGAACUGGAGCUGGUUCAGCCGAAUAGACGAUGGCCUGGUGUUGGGAGCAAUGCCAUUCAAAUCAAUGAAGGAGGAGCUCGUUGAGAAAGAGAAUGUGGGCGGUGUCGUCUGCUGCACGGAGUCCUACGAACUUGUCGCUGCCUGGAGCGCAAUGGCUGAGGAAGAUUGGAAGGCCGAGGGCGUCGAGUUUUAUGCCAUCCCUAUGACCGACUUCAUUGGAGCAGCUGAUCCGGCUGAGAUGCAAAAAGCCGUCGAGUUCAUCAACAAAAUUAAUUCACAAGGAAAAUCGGUCUACGUUCACUGCAAAGCCGGAAGGACACGUUCAGCCACAGUAACGACAUGCCAUUUGAUGCAGAAGAAGGACUGGGAUCCGAAUGUUGCAUUCGAGUUUCUCAAAACUCAAAGAAGACAAGUCUCACUUGGCAGCAAUCAAUGGCAAACGGUGAACGAGUACCGCAAGUAUCUGAACACGAAUCCUCAGCUCAUCAAAUCCGACUCAUCA